GCAGAAAUAUAUAUGUACACUAUCUGGAAUAUAGUCAGUAGGUUGAUCACUCAGAUUUUGCACCAUUUUAAUGGGAGUUGACCUUUACUAUUUCCUUGUUUUUUAUUUUGAAUCUUUUAAUUCGUAGUUUGUGAGAUAUCAGGAGAGGGACUGGCUUGCUUGGUGGAUGGUUCUCAUGGUUCUUCACUCCUGGCCCUCUCACAAUGAUCCCUUUCCCCAGCUCAGAUCUAAAGUUACAUCUACAGACUACAGACUAUGGCAACUUUUUGGCUAAUGAACCUGGCCCUCUCACUAUUUCCACCAUUGAUGAUAAACUGAAAACAAAGCUACUCACAGAAUUUCAUUACUUUAGAAACCAUGCUUUUGAACCACUUGCAACUUUUCUGAAUUUUAUCACAUACAGCUACAUGAUUGACAACGUAAUUCUUUUAAUAACUGGCACAUUACAUCAGCGACCCAUAGCUGAACUGGUACCCAAGUGCCAUCCACUGGGGAGUUUUGAGCAAAUGGAAGCAGUCAGCAUUGCCUCAAACCCCACAGAGCUCUUCAAUGCAAUUUUGGUUGACACACCAUUAGCUGCUUUCUUUCAAGACUGCUUGUCUGAAAAUGACCUGGAUGAAAUGAACAUUGAAAUAAUGCGCAACAAACUGUACAAGUCUUAUCUUGAGGCGUUCUAUAAGUUUUGUGAAAAACAAGGAGGUACUACAGCAGAAAUAAUGAGACCCAUUCUUGAGUUUGAGGCAGACAGACGUGCUUUUAUCAUCACCAUUAAUUCAUUUGGCACUGAGCUGAGUAAAGAUGACAGAGAGAAGCUAUAUCCAACCUGUGGAAAACUGUAUCCAGAAGGCUUGCACCUGUUGGCCAAUGCAGAUGACUACGAGCAAGUGAAGUGUGUUGCAGAUUACUAUGCAGAAUACAAGGCUGUGUUUGAGGGUGUAGGGAGUGACGCUGGAGAAAAGACACUGGAAGAUGCAUUUUUUGAACAUGAGGUAAAGCUGAAUGUGCUUGCGUUCAAUAACCAGUUUCAUUUUGGAGUAUUUUAUGCCUAUGUGAAGUUAAAGGAACAAGAAUGCAGAAAUAUUGUAUGGAUUGCUGAAUGCAUUUCUCAGAGACACAGAACCAAAAUUAACAACUACAUUCCAAUUUUCUAAAUCUGAGAAUUUAUAACCCUACUGUGCCUGAAAAGAAGUAUUAUUUCAUAUAAAAGAAGAAAAACGUUAUUUUAAAAG